AGUCCGGGAGGCUCUUCAGAGCGCCCGCGUGGCUGUUCAGGGGUGCGCACUGUCCUGCUCGUUGCUCCCCGUGAUGCUGCUGCUUCUGCUGCUGGCGGCCAGCUCUGCCGGCUCUGGGGCCGCUGCAAGCGCUGCGAGUUCGCAGUGGAGCGGGGAGGGUACAACCCAGCACCUGCAAAGCAUCUUCCUGGGCCGCUGCGCCGAGUAUGUCUCACUGCUGAAUCCCCAGCUGCGGGACAAGAACUGCACAGCCAUCUGGGAAGCCUUUCACAAGGUGCUGGAGAAGGAGCCCUGUUCCGUGCUUCCCUCCGACUACGACCGUUUCAUAAACCUCUCCAGGCACUCCAUUCCCAAAGACAAGUCCCUGUUUUGGGAAAACAACCAGUUGCUCGUUACCAGCUACGCAGAGAACACCCGUCGCUUUACACCUGUGAGCCAAGUUCUGUACGGCAGGGUCGGAGACCUGCUGAGCUGGUGUCGACAGGAAAACGCCUCCGGGCUCCAUUACCAGUCCUGCCCUACAUCAGAGGAUUGCGAAAACAACGCUGUGGAUUCUUUCUGGAAAAGGGUCUCCAUGCAGUAUGCAAAGGACAGUUCUGGUGUGAUCCACGUCAUGCUGAAUGGUUCGGAGCCCACAGGAGCCUAUCCCGAAAAAGGGUUUUUUGCAGAUUUUGAAGUUCCCUACUUCCAGAAGGAUGCAAUCACACGCAUUGAGAUCUGGGUCAUGCAUGAAAUCGGGGGACCCAUCCUGGAAUCCUGUGGAAAAGGCAGUGUGAAGAUCCUGGAGGAGAGACUGAAGGACAUGGGUUUUCAGUACAGCUGCAUUAACGAUCACCUCCCAGUGAAGCUCUUAAAGUGUGUGGACCACAGCACUCAUCCUGACUGUGCCUUAAAGACUAAUGUGCCUGAGUGAGAGCUUUGAUGUCUGAGUCGCCCACUUCAAAGAGGCGUCUGCAUCCACGAGGAGAAACUCCACAACAUCUCCAGCCACUGACUGAGGAGCCAUCACCCAACCUCAUUUUGAGUCCCCUUUCUACCCAGUAAAGAGUGAGCCCCUGAAACCCUAACCCCCCACCCAUCAUGGCCCCAGUUAAGGCAGAACCCCAGACGUGUGUUCUCUACUCACGACCCGCGACCUCGCUGUGUGGCCCCAGGAGUGCUGGGUAAUUUUCAGGUCCAGAAAGCAAUAAAUAUUUUUUUAAGUUU